UUUUGCGGGGGGGAGCGACGAGCAGUGGCGAGCGAGGCCGAGGGCGCUGCGAGCGGGGACGGGGUCCCGGGGCGCACCACACCGCAGCGGCGGCAGCAGCAGCGGCGGCGGCGGAGGCGCGGGGCCUAGCCGAGCCUAGGCAGGCUCGCUUGUUCGGUCGCUCGCUCGCGGGGGGAGGGGAGCGGAGCGGAGCGGAGGGGAGGGGACGGCGCCGUCGCCCGCUCCGCACUCGCCGUUUUUCCCCGCAGCCGACGCCGCCCGGCUCGGCCCCGCCUCGGCCGCGCGCCAUGUCCAGGCCCGUCAGGAACAGGAAGGUGGUCGAUUACUCACAGUUUCAGGAAUCAGACGAUGCUGAUGAAGAUUAUGGAAGAGAUUCAGCUCCUCCAGCUAAGAAAAUCCGCUCAUCUCCUCGGGAGGCUAAAAAUAAGAGGCGGCCUGGAAAGAAUUCUCAAGAGGACAGUGAGGAUUCAGAGGAGAAAGAUGUGAAGACCAAGAAAGAUGAGUCUCAUUCAGCAGAUGAAGAUUUUGGCAGUGAGGACGAUGACUUAGAAGCAGAUGAUGGCAAAGCUGACAGUGACUAUGAGAGCUCUCAGAAAAACAAAAAAGGAAAAAAGGCCAAACCCGAAAAGAACAAGAGAGCCUCCAAAUCCAGGAAAAGGCCUGCAGAGGACAGUGAGGAUGAGAAAGAAGACCACAAAAAUGUGCGCCAGCAGCGGCAGGCAGCAUCUAAAGCAGCUUCCAAGCAACGGGAGAUGCUCAUGGAUGAUGUAGGCAGUGAGGAAGAGGAGCAGGAAGAUGAAGAGGCACAAUUCCAAGAGAAAGAUUCUGGCAGUGAUGAAGACUUUCUUGUGGAAGAUGAUGAUGAUAGCGACUAUGGCAGUUCAAAAAAGAAGAAUAAAAAGGUGGCCAAGAAAUCCAAGCCAGAGAGGAAAGAAAAGAAAAUGCCCAAGCCUAGGCUAAAGGCUACAGUGACACCCAGUCCAGUGAAAGGCAAAGGGAAGGCAGGCCGGCCUCCGGGUUCAAAGGCAUCAAAAGAGAAGACUCCUUCCCCCAAAGAUGAGGAUGAGGAGCCUGAAAGUCCCCCAGAAAAGAAAAAGUCAGCCAGCCCUCCACCAGAGAAGUCGGGGGAUGAAGAGUCUGAAGAUGAAGCAGGCUCUGGUGAAGAUUAAAUGGAAGCUUGGAGAGAAUUUUGUUUAAAAAAAAAAAAAAAAAAAAGGAAAAGAAAACAUACUUAGGGGUAGAACACGGUUUUGGCUGUGGCUUGACUCAUGGGCUUUGAUUGCUGUCUUUUACUUUCAGCUGUUUAAUACAGUAUCCUUUUUUUAAAAGAGAAAACCCUUAUACAGUAGUAUUUUGAAAUCACUGUUCUCUAUUGGCCAUUCCAUUCUCCCUUACCCAAUCAAACAUGAAAGCCAUUUAAAACAAAUUAAUGGACCACUUAAAGAUUUUUUUUUAUUUUUAUUUUUUUUUGAAUGGAUACUGCAGUUGUGAAGCAAUAAGAUUUAAGGCUGACACUCAGAAACCUUAAAUAAUCAGAUAGACUAGAGAUCCCAAAGUUUGAAGAGAGAUUUCAAAAUUCCAUUUCCUUAUUUGAAUACAAAGAAAAUAGCCACCUAAAUCUGUUGUCUAAUACAUUUCUGGUGAUAUAAGUUCCCUCAAAGAAUAGGUUAACACAAGUUCCAAUUGUGUAUUCCAGAUACACCUUAACAGCCCAUGUUUCUAAGCUGCUUGGGUUGAUGCAACCAUUUCAUAGACAGUGUACAAGGGACUUGAAAUAGAUAGCCAGUCCACUUUGUGACUUUCUUUGGAAAUGAUCCAUCUUACCAGGAUGCUAUACCCUUGCUUCUUUCUGGAUUGAAUUGUCCCUUUCAGCGUUUGUUUGGCUUUCAACCUGCAACCGGUCAGCUGUUCAUACCCAUUACUCCUGUCAUUCUUCAGUGGCUGGAUGUAGUUUGGCAGAGUAUGGAAGAGAAAUUUAAAACAAAACACUUUUUAAAUCCUGGUUUCCUUAUGUUUUAUAGCGAUUUUCUUUUUGGAAUAAGUAGUGAAAGGAAAAAGUAAAGAUAAGCCUACAGAAGUUAGCUAUGUAGUGAGGGUGAGGCACACUCUUAUAAAUGUGAAGGGAUGGAUUCCUGUUAAGCCGCAGUCAGUCUCAGAUCCCAUGAGUCACGCUUAAGUGUUUCUCUUCUCUCCUCUCCCUUCAUCUGUCCACAGAAAGGCUAUGUAGUCAACCUCAGCCUAUCCAGCUGCAGUGUUGGAUGGUCGAUUCCUACCAGUCUAGAACAUCGCCCCACUACCACUUCAUUUCUUCUCCCUUCUUGCCCACAGUAGGGGAGUGUUGUUCAUGCUGUUCCCACACCAUUGUGUUUGCUCUUAACUGUUGGUCAAUGUUCUUCUCCCAAAGUAAAAAAAAAAAAAAAAGAGAAAAAAGGAAAAAAAAUUGCUGAGGUGGGAGGAACCAGAGGACUACUUGGAUGCAGGUGGGAGGGAGCAAGGAUUUAGUGUCAGUGCAGCAGGGCUAUGGUGUGCAACAAGCAAGAUGUUUCCACCAAAUGCAGGGCACUUGAAGUGUAUGCAGUGGCAUUGAGAUGCUUUUAACAAAGCAGCCAUAUCUCCCCCUCUUUUUUUUUGUAUUAAAUCUAUACAAAUAAACAGGCUUUUGGUCUUCAAACCUUGAUACAGGGGCUGCAGUAUUUGUUGUUGGAAUUAUUUAAAAAACAAAAAACUGGACUUGCCACCUGUUUUAACCCUUUACGCUUUCUGUAUCUUGCACACUGCUGUUUCAUAGCUGAGAGGCUUGAGUCAUAACCUUUUUAGUCAGCAAAGUGAAUUUUAUAAUUGUUUUGAGACCAGCCUCUUGAAGAUAACAUAUGGCAGCUAGAGAGUUGGAUUUCUGGUGCAUGUGCUAUUGUAUUUUUAAUCCUAUUGGAUUUUAGAAAGCCUUUUAGAUGAGGUGCACUAGGAUGAUCUGGGAGGACCGUUGGCUGAAUAGCCUCUGGAGCCAGUGAAAUUCUAAUAGCAGUUAAAUAGCUGUCUUGCAUGAAUUGUAGCAGGGGAUUUUAGAGGCUGGUAAAUUAUAUAAGCCAAGGUAAACAGUUCUCUAAUACACUUUUCAAUUAGACUAACAUUACUGCUCUACUAAGGACUAUCAGUGUUCUCACUGCAAAUCUCUAUUUUUAGGGGUUUAACUUUGCAGUACAGCUUCAGGCUGGACUGUGAUGUGUAACGGUCUGGACUGAGAAAUGAAUGUAAUCUUCCUUCCCUUCCAAAUGUCAGGAGAGCAAAAUGUCUGAUAAAGUCUUUUUUCAGACCUAGUCCAGUAAUUAUCAGGUAACAUAGGAAAAAAUUAAAUGGCCAAGUUCUAAAUGUUCAGCUAUAUGGCUGUUGUGCAUGUGUUUGCUUUUUUGGUAACAUACUCUUCCAUGAAUCUCUUUGGUCCAUACAGAUAGCUCCUCUCAAUACAAAACACAGAUAUACCCAGUUUAAGCUGUUCUUGUCUGUUGGGUAGUUUGCUCUUAAAUGUACAAGGAUUUCCUGAAGAAUAGAACACCUCUGGUUGAUCUGGUCAAUCAGCUACGUGUAUUUUUAAUUGUUUGAACUUCACCUGCUGGACCGGAUUUGUUCUGAAGGAUGUGCAUUUUGUAGUUUCUAUCAAAGUGGCUCUUUCUUCAAACAAACUAAUGUUCAGGCUAUGAUAUGGACCCGAAACCUGGAAAUGCAGUGUUUGGACUUUUGUCUUAUGUUCCUGAUUCGAGUCUCUGGGCUCCAAGUUCUCAUGCCUGGAAACUGUGGCCCUGUAGUAAACUGUCGCUCUACUUGUGUUCAGGCCUAACGACCCGCGCAACUGGGUACGUGGCGCUUGUGUCGCGACCUGCACACUAUGUAAAUGCUACACACUUUUGUUUUGGGUUUUUUUUUAACCAUUUCUCUAGUUUGUGUUUUGGUAGUCCACGCAAACACUAAAUGCUAGUAGUCCAGGAACACUUGUGGUCCCUGGAUUUCCCCCUUCAGUUGGAAAUUCAGCAGCUCGUGUUUCUGCAGGUUGAAGAAAAUUGUGAUGGCUAACUUUUUUUAACUCUCUUUUUUGUUUGUUUUUGAGAUGAAUUCAGCAUUUUCCAGUAGCAGUAGACUUUUAAUUUUUUAGGUGUCCUUUUUUUAAUCCAUUUGUGUUCAAGCAUUUUAAUUCUGUGAAGACAAGUUGUAGAGUCUCUCUCCUUAGGUGGGGGGUGGGAGUGAGUCCAUGCUUCAAGGAGCAGAAAAAUUCAUUCCUGUGAAAAGGCUUUGAAAACGAUGAACAAAACGAAUCAGGGUUGGGUUGGGGGUAGUUGUGUCGAUAGAAUUCAGGACCUGAAAUAGAUUCUGAGCUAUUAUGCCAGUGUAGCUUUGGAGCAUUGCCACAUACAGAUAUAGACUUACUCCAGAAAUGCACUAAUUCAGCAUCCUGCCCUGGUCUGGCCCCCGAAAUGGCAGCUUACCACUACCAUCCUUUACACCCAUGUGUGCAUUCUGCUUCUAGAUCUGCACUACAGCAUUAUUUUGCAGUUGCAUAUAAAUGGUCAGGUUUUUAAGUAGUCAUGAAGUCUGGUCCCCAAAGGCUCAAACUUUUUUUUUUCCAGUAAGGUUUGGAAGUUCCAUACUAAAGGUUAUUUGGUUGAAAUUAACUUAAUUUAUUUAAAUCCAUUGGACAUGAAUUCAGCGUAAAAAAAAAAAAGUCAAGAUGCCCAUUAAGAGCAGUUUUUUGUUGGGUUGGGGGGGGGCAGGGGGUGUUUUGUUUGGUUCCCCCCCCCUUCCCAAGAUGGGUUGGGUUUUAGGAUUAAUUUGGGGUGGGAAGAAUUUCAAUAUGGGACAGUUGGGAAGUUUUUAAGAAAUCACAGUGUUGGAUGAAAUCAUGUAAAAGCAGAACCAUCUGUGUCGGAGGGGGAAUCCUGUAUAUUCUUGAGUGUUACUGCUGUCCUGCAAGGAAUGGGAGGAUAGGUAAUUGUUUUGAGCAUGCUCCGUCUCAGCACCAUGCAUCUAUCAGGAAACGGAGGACUGUUUUGUACAGGGGCUGUGGCACCUGAUUUGACUUCUGAAAGUGACCCCUAAUGUACAGCAGACAAUUUAAACUGAGGAGCCAGGUCUGGGGAGGGAAGCGAAGAAACUGUAACAUGCUGGAAGCUUUUGAGCUGUAGAAACUGGUGCUUUGCUUUAUGUAAUUUGUCUGUGGAGUGUUUAUUUUUAUAACAGAUCAUAUUGUUGAACAUGGUUUUUUAAACCACAAAUCGAUCCAUGAGUCUAGAUAUUUGAGAAGUGGGUAUAAGUACAUUGGGGUAAGAGGCUGUCAAACUGUAGAGACUGCAAACAGUCACAUAAAGGGGCACCGUCACAGAUCAGUAACCCUUGGGUGUGGGGUUUGUUUAAUGUUUCUACAAAGAGCUAAGAAUAAUUUUUCCCAUUAGUUUUAACUCAGUGGCUUUUGAACUUUUUUCCUGCAGGGUUGGGGGCUUAAACUCAGAUAUCACAUGCAUGGAACUGGAAAGUGAAACCAACUAGUCUGUUCACAUUGUCCAACAUGAGUGUUGUUUUUUCUUUCUUUCUUUUUUUUAAAGAGAGAUACAGACUGAGUUUUGAGGUGCUAGUAAUACCAGCUAGAUAUGCGUCUAAAAUAAACUUCAGCUAACCGCAUCCUUUGAAAGCACCUCCCCUGACCUCCCAUAUCCUUAUAUUAGACUUCCCCACUUCAUUAGAUAACUGUCAUUUGAAUGUGUUGGUUUUUUUUUUUCAUUAAAGUCUUUAUAAAAACGUCGGUGUUUCUCUUUCUAAAUCUAGUCAAAAUUCUCGCUGUGUUCUGACCACUAUUGGAAACAACUUGGUAAACUGCCUGCCCCCAUCUAACUGCAGUGAAUUGAAUGAUUCCAUCAAUCUGAGCAUGCUCAGUGUGACUGCAAGAUACCAUUGUGCAUACGCUUUGUAUAUUGGGGCAAGGGUUUUAUAUAUAUAUAUUUUGGGAGGGCUGGGGGUGGGAUGGAGAAAUACUCAAUCAGCUUAAGCCACAGUAAUGUGUGUAAAAGCCCCUGAAGUAUUUUGUGUGUGAGUGCGCGAGUGUGUGUGCGCGCGCAUGGGAGUGUCUGACAACUUAUUCCCUAUGUGUUCUGGAAAUUUGUGAAUUCUACUUUUUCCUGCAGAAGCAAUUGUUACAAAAAUUGUAAAUAAGAGCUACAUAAUUUGUUUUACCAUGAACAUGAUGUCACAGCAAACCCUAUAAAACUACUCUGAUAAAGGAGGGAGAGACAUCAGCAGGGCAUUGGGCCCUUAACAUCAGCAAGGCAUUGCUCAGUGGUAUGCAAUUAAUAUUUGUCUCGAGUAUUCACAACCCUGUUGGGCCUUCAGUAAAAUUAGCCCCACCCCUGAGUUUCUGCACCCCUUCCUCACUAGCAGCCAGAAAAGUAGGGGUGGCAGCAAAUUAAGUACUUUCUGCUGGCCUGGGACUGAAGAGCAUUCCUGAACGUGGUUCUGUCAUCACUGGGCACGACAAAAACUUCAUUAGGGUUGGCAAGUUCUUGCAAUACCAUGACAAUACUGAGAUUGGCAGCAUGGUACUAGGAGUUAAGUUUGAAUGUAACAUUAAUGCUUUAUUUAAAAAUAUUUUUUUUUUUUUAAAAAAAAAAAAAAGGGUUGAAGUGAACAUGACUUUGUUGACCAUGUUCGUGAAUUAUAGAUGCAACAUGCAUUGGUAGAAUUGUGUGAUGGUCUUUUGUGCUACUUAAUUUUACAUAUUCCAGUCUCUGUAUGUACCUGCAAAGAAGAAGAAAAAAAAUUAACAAAACCCUGCUUUGCUUUUAUUGAAGGGUUCCCAGGACUGCAUACCUGCUCCUGAGCUCUGUUUUAAGUAUGUGUAUCCUUCGCUUGUAUUUUGUAUUAAAAAACGAGAAAAAAGAACCCUUUAUUGUUCAGCAUGUUGGAAUUGUGUCCCCUCUUUAUUUUUUCUCUUUUUGGAAUAUAUUAAGCAACUCAUUCUUCUGUAUCUUUUAUUUUCUUUUGUAAACUUUUUGGUUUUGUUUAAAAAUGGCUUUAUAAAAGGGCUUUUAUAACCCAUAAA